AUGACUGAAGCAUCGGAUUGCAAAAAUUGGAAAUCUAUUAGACCUUGGCUUCCACCGAAUGGUUUAAGCAAUCGUUUCGAAUCUCAAUCUAACAAUGAUAAUAAUCCGAAUGAAGAAGAAGAAGGAAAAGAAGAUGAAAACGAUCCGAGAGGAAAAUCAAGGAUUCGAAGUAACUUGAACGUCAUCGAUGUUUCUUCUACUGCCAUCUCACUGGAUGUUUCUUAUCAACUUGAUGAUAUCUCUCUUCGAGCUCCUAUCUCUUUAGCUGUCAAGAUAAAUGGAAUUAUUUGGGAAAAGGUGGCUUAUGCUGAGAGUGAUGUGAUUGGAUCUGUUUUGGAAGAUACUCCACCGACUAGUCCAAGCUGCGAACAAUCUUCAUCUGAAUCCGAACUCAAAUGGUCAAGGGGUCAUCGGAACAUCACCUUGGUCAUACACGGUCUUGAACCUGGACUUGAAUACGAGGUCGAGCUAGAGCUAAUACCUUUAACACAAGAACAUCACAAACACGACUGUUUAUCAGGUUCAUCUGAUCUAGAAGAAACGUCGGAGGAGUCGGUCGAGCAUGAAGGACUCUUAUGUGGACGCUUGGAUCCUUCAAUCGAAAGCGGUCAAGAAAUCCAAAGUAUUUUCGAUUCCGAGACUAACCUUCAUGAACAACCAAAUAAAGGUGAAAGAACGAACGAUACGAAACCCGAACCGAUCAUAACUCAACUCGAUCCAGAUGGUCCACCUCCGCCUUAUACAUCCCAUGAUCCCGCCUCUCCCCGCGCCUCGCGUAGUCUUCAUGCAUCCCAUUCUUCCUUGGAUUAUAACCCUGAGUCAUCCCAACAACCACCUAGUCCACGAACCUCUUCAAGUAUUCAGCCAUCAACGCCAGUACGAACAAAUGGUAGAGACCGAGAAGGAAACAUACAAACAGUGGUAAAAACAUCUGAAAAUAAUUCAAAGCAUAAUGAAUUAAAAUUAGUUUCAUCAAUCAAUCAAAUGACAAAAGCAUUGAACAAAACUGUCAAAGAAAACUUGAAGUUGAGACAAAAGUUGGUAAAUGUUGAACAAUUUAUCAAGAGAUUAGAUGAAGAGAAUCUAGUCAAAUCAAAUAGAUUGGAAAGUUUAGAAAGAUUAGAGAAAAAAAGAAGACCAUCUACAGCUAAUGGACAACACAACAAUAAUAAUGGUAGUAGUGGUAAGAAAGAAAGUGGAGGAGACCCCAUGAAUAUCGAAGGAUUCACACCACUUUGGGUAUUAGAAAGACAAAUUGAAGUAGAUGAGAUCAAGAUAAUGGAAAAACAAAUUGAAUUAGAAGAAAGUGAAAAAAGACAAGCGAAAGAGUUGAUGGAAUUCAAAGAUAAAAAUCGAUCAUUAAAGAGAAAAGUAGAAGAAAGUUUUAAAAGGGUAAGCGAUUUGAAAGAUCGUAAACUUAAAGAAAUCGAUUUAGAACUUGAAGAGAUCAAAAAUGAAUUAGAAGAAGUCGAAAAGUUAUUGAAUGCAGAAUCUAAUGAAUCUAAUAAUACUAAUAAUAAGAAAUUUAUGGGAAAAAGUUCUUCUGGGAUGGUCAAGGGUCAUGGUGAUCCACAAUCACGACGUUCGAUGGGUAAAUGGAAUCACCAUGCUAAAAUGAAAUCAAAUGAAGAUUUACAAUUAAAUGUGAAUUCUAAAUCUGGUUCCAGUGGAGGCUCUACUUCUUCGCACAAACUUGCUCGAACAAGUUCUUUAAAUGAGAAAUCAAGAACAACGGAACGUGUUGUAGGUGGUGGAAGAAGAUCCAUGAAGGAACCUCAUCAAGUGAUAAAUAGAACUUGGGCUGAUAAAGUAGCUGGUCAUUGA